AUGAACUCGCUGCGGAGUGUUUACUCUGCGCCGGGCGCUGUGCGGGACCGGGAGCCUCUCCUCGCUGGUCUAAACCUGCUCACAGCCCCCAAGUUCGGUGGCAUCAUUUCCACACUGCAGAGGAGGAAGCGGAGGCUGGGACAGGUUCCGUGGCUUGUCCAAGGUCAGCAGCUGGUGAGUGGCUGGGCCCGGAGUCGAACCUGGAGGAGGUCAGCUGGCACCCGGGUGGCCGCCUCGGCCUGUGAGCCCCCGCUGUCCCUUGCAGAGAGCGGAGCAGGAUCUGAUUCUGGUUUGGCCCUGAGGCUGGUGAACAGAGGUGACAGGUGUCAGGGCCGGGUGGAGGUCCUGUAUCAAGGCUCCUGGGGCACCGUGUGUGACGACAGCUGGGACAUUAACGACGCCAAUGUAGUGUGCAGACAGCUGGGCUGUGGUUGGGCCACGUCGGCCCCAGGAAGUGCCCAAUUUGGCCAGGGCUCAGGGCCGAUUGUCCUGGAUGACGUGGGCUGCUCCGGGUAUGAGACCUCCCUGUGGAGCUGCCCCCACAGGGGCUGGAACAGCCACAACUGUAGACACUAUGAGGAUGCUGGUGUCAUCUGCUCAGCUGCCCGGCCGCAGUCCACGCUCACGCCAGAUUGGUGGGACACAACAACUCCUACCCAUGAGGCUCAGGUCCUGGGCUGCUCAGGCCGUGAGACCUACCUGUGGAGCUGCCCCCACAUGUCCUGGUACACACCCAACUGUGGGGCCUUGGAGGACGCCAGUGCCAUGUGCUCAGGUGGGCCUCAAAGUUGUCGCUGUGCUCAGCCCCAGACCACUGCCUGGCCAGGUCUCUCAGGCAAUGGACGGCUGUCCGGGACAGGGGGGGAAUGUGCCCGACCUGCUCCUGUCUGGCCGGGUCCCAGCAUCUCCACGGGCUCAGCCAGAACCCGGGCAGAAGCAUCCAGGAGCCACCAAGCUGCCAAGCAGGGCGACGGUCUUGUCCUUCCCCCGGUAGCUGUGGUGCUGCAGCCUGGGUGUGUCCUGGAGACCGAAUCGGGCUUGGCUCUGAGGCUGGUGAACGGAGGUGCCAGGUGUCAGGGCCGAGUGGAGGUCCUGUAUCGAGGCUCCUGGGGCACCGUGUGUGACGACAGCUGGGACGUGAACGAUGCCAACGUGGUCUGCAGGCAGCUGGGCUGUGGUUGGGCCACGUCAGCCCCAGGAAGUGCCCGGUUCGGUCAGGGUUCAGGGCCGAUUGUCCUGGAUGACGUGGGCUGCUCCGGGUAUGAGACCUCCCUGUGGAGCUGCCCCCACAGGGGCUGGAACAGCCACAACUGUGGGCACCAGGAGGAUGCUGGUGUCAUCUGCUCAGGUGAGCCUCAAAGGAGCUGGGUGUCCCCCUCCGGGGAGACAUGACUUGGGGUCCUGUGUUGCCCUCUAGGGUCUGAUUCUGGUUUGGCCCUGAGGCUGGUGAACAGAGGUGACAGGUGUCAGGGCCGGGUGGAGGUCCUGUAUCAAGGCUCCUGGGGCACCGUGUGUGACGACAGCUGGGACAUUAACGACGCCAAUGUAGUGUGCAGACAGCUGGGCUGUGGUUGGGCCACGUCGGCCCCAGGAAGUGCCCAAUUUGGCCAGGGCUCAGGGCCGAUUGUCCUGGAUGACGUGGGCUGCUCCGGGUAUGAGACCUCCCUGUGGAGCUGCCCCCACAGGGGCUGGAACAGCCACAACUGUAGACACUAUGAGGAUGCUGGUGUCAUCUGCUCAGAGCAAAGAUCCAAACCGAAAGUGACGCCUAAGCCCGACACAGUGUUCCCCACUGAGAGUAGGGUGACAGUGGGGACCGAAUCGGGCUUGGCUCUGAGGCUGGUGAACGGAGGUGCCAGGUGUCAGGGCCGAGUGGAGGUCCUGUAUCAAGGCUCCUGGGGCACCGUGUGUGACGACAGCUGGGACGUGAACGAUGCCAACGUGGUCUGCAGGCAGCUGGGCUGUGGUUGGGCCACGUCAGCCCCAGGAAGUGCCCGGUUCGGUCAGGGUUCAGGGCCGAUUGUCCUGGAUGACGUGGGCUGCUCCGGGUAUGAGACCUCCCUGUGGAGCUGCCCCCACAGGGGCUGGAACAGCCACAACUGUGGGCACCAGGAGGAUGCUGGUGUCAUCUGCUCAGGUGAGCCUCAAAGGAGCUGGGUGUCCCCCUCCGGGGUGUCACCCACGUUGCCUUGGGGGUCUGAUUCUGGUUUGGCCCUGAGGCUGGUGAACGGAAGUGCCAGGUGUCAGGGCCGAGUGGAGGUCCUGUAUCGAGGCUCCUGGGGCACCGUGUGUGACGACAGCUGGGACAUCAACGAUGCCAACGUGGUCUGUAGGCAGCUGGGCUGUGGUUGGGCCACGUCGGCCCCAGGAAGUGCCCGGUUCGGUCAGGGUUCAGGGCUGAUUGUCCUGGAUGAUGUGGGCUGCUCAGGGAAUGAGGCCUCCCUGUGGAGCUGCCCCCACAGGGGCUGGAACAGCCACAACUGUGGGCACCAGGAGGAUGCUGGUGUCAUCUGCUCAGGUGAGCCUCAAAGGAGCUGGGUGUCCCCCUCCUGGGGUAUGAUUACCCUUUCCAUUCUGACACCUUCUCACGUAUCGGGUUUGGCUAUGAGGCUGGUGAACGGAGGUGACAGGUGUCAGGGCCGAGUGGAGGUCCUGUAUCGAGGCUCCUGGGGCACCGUGUGUGACGACAGCUGGGACGUGAACGAUGCCAACGUGGUCUGCAGACAGCUGAGCUGUGGUUCGGCCGUGUCAGCCCCAGGAAAUGCCUGGUUUGGUCAGGGCUCUGGGCCUAUUCUUCUGGAUGAACUACGGUGCUCAGGGAAUGAGACCUUCCUGUGGAGCUGCCCCAACAGUGGCUGGAACACCCAUAACUGUGGGCACCAGGAAGAUGCUGGUGUCAUUUGCUCAGGAUCUGAUUCUGGUUUAGCGCUAAGGCUGGUGAAUGGAAGUGACAGGUGCCAAGGCCGAGUGGAGGUCCUGUACCAAGGCUCCUGGGGCACCGUGUGUGACGACAGCUGGGACAUCAACGAUGCCAACGUGGUCUGCAGGCAGCUGGGCUGUGGUUGGGCCACGUCGGCCCCAGGAAGUGCCCAAUUUGGCCAGGGCUCAGGGCCGAUUGUCCUGGAUGAGCUGCAGUGCUCAGGAAAUGAGACUUACCUGUGGAGCUGCCCCCGCAACCCCUGGAACACCCACAACUGUAGGCACUACGAGGAUGCUGGGGUCAUCUGCACAGGUCCACAAAUCGAUCCUACCGUCGGAGAUGUCCUGGGUCCAUCAACUACCACCACAGAGAGCAAGGCCAUCACCUUUCACAACAUGAGUCUUUCAGAUGCCAGCUUGAGAUUAGUUAGUGGGAACUCCUCCUCCUGUCCCGUAUGUGCCGGGCACGUGGAAAUUCACUGUGAUGGCCAGUGGGGAAGAAUCUGUGAUGAUAACUGGGGCAUUCAGGAUGCCCAGGUAGUCUUCAGGCAGCUGGGCUGUGGACAGGCAGUGUCAGCCCCAGGAAAUGCCUAUUUUGGCUCUGGCUCUGGCCCCAUCACUUUGGAUGAUGUUGAGUGCUCAGAAUCUACGCUCUGGCAGUGCCGGAACCAAGGCUGGUUCUCCCAUAAUUGUGCCCACUCCAAAGAUGCUGGAGUCUUUUGCUCAACAAAUUAUUCCUGUGGGGGCUUCCUGUCCCAGUCCUCAGGGAACCUCCACAGCCAGUUCUACCCUGAGAACUAUCCGAACAACGCCAAGUGUGUGUGGGACAUUGAAGUUGAAAACAAUUACCGUAUAACUGUGGUCUUCACAGAUGUCCAGCUUGAAGGCGGCUGUAACUAUGAUUACAUUGAAGUGUUUGACGGCCCCUACCACAGCUCCCCGCUCCUCGCCCGGGUCUGUGACGGUGCAAGGGGCUCCUUCACCUCCUCUUCCAACUUCAUGUCCAUCCGCUUCGUCAGCGAUGGCAGCAUCACGAGGAGAGGGUUCUGGGCUGAAUACUAUUCCAGUCCUUCCCCUCAGAACACAAAGCUGCUCUGCCUGCCGAAUCACAUGCGAGCCAGCGUGAGCAGGGGCUACCUCCAGUCCCUGGGCUACUCUGCCUGGGACCUUGUCAUUCCCAACUGGAACAGGAACCGCCAGUGUCAGCCCCAGAUAACAAGCAGCCAGGUGACCUUCACGAUUCCCUACUCCGGCUGCGGCACCGUCGAGCAGGUGGACAACGACACCAUCACCUAUUCCAACUUCCUCAGAGCGGCUGUUUCAAGUGGCGUCAUCAAGAGGAAGAAGGACCUCCACAUCCGUGUCAGCUGCAAGAUGCUGCAGAACACCUGGGUGAACACAGUGUACAUUGCUAAUGACACCAUCGAGGUCAAGAACGUGCAGUAUGGGAAUUUUGACUUGAACGUGUCCUUUUAUACUUCCUCUUCAUUCUCUUAUCCUGUGACCAGCAGCCCAUACUAUGUGGACUUGAACCAGAAUUUGUACAUUCAGGCUGAAAUCCUCCAUUCCAACACCUCCUUGGCCUUAUUUGUGGACACCUGUGUGGCGUCACCACAUCCCGGUGACUUUACAUCUUUGACUUAUGAUCUAAUCCGGAGCGGGUGUGUGAAGGACGAAACCUACCAGUCGUACCAUCCGCCAUCGCCCCACAUGGUCCGCUUCAAAUUCAGUUCCUUCCACUUCCUGAACCGCUUCCCCUCCGUGUACCUGCAGUGUAAGAUGGUCGUGUGCAGGGCAUAUGACUACUCUUCCCGCUGCCACAGAGGUUGCGUGGUGAGGUCCAAGAGGGACGUGGGCUCUUACCAGGAGAAGGUGGACGUUGUCCUAGGACCCAUCCAACUGGAGGAUGCCCCACAGGCUGAGAAGAAGAUCCUGGAUCUGCCCGUGGCCCACCUGGAGGAGGAGGCCAGUGCCAAGUGGAGCAACCACAGUGCCGCCAUCUCCAUUGGGACCUUCGUGGUCGUGGUCCUGGCCGUGGCAGCCUUCAUACUGGGGAGAAGCACCCGUGCCUCUGGUGUCCAGCUUCUGAGCGCUGAGAUGUGAAGCAGGAGAACACAGAGCAGACAGAGGCCCCCGGGCUCUGCAGCCCAAGUGAGGAAGGAGGAAACCAGGGCACCCAGAGCACUGAGCGCUCUUUACUCUGGCCCAGGGGCACGGCGGGGGGCAGGUGGAGGUGUGGGUGAGAAUGAUGGGAGAGGGUUUUCCCAGAAACAGACGUGGUGGUGGGAUAAAAUGUCAGGCCAGCAGGUGCCGGAACCUCAAACCCUGCCUGCAGCUGUGAGCCCCUCACUAGUGGCAGCAGACCUUUCUCUGGAUAGAAUUUCUUUCCUGAGCUUUAAUGAGCCAGAUUCUUAGACCUAUAGUGGAAUC